GUCUGCCGGUAAGUGGUACGACCGGCAGCAUAAAGUCAGUGGAAGCGCUAGAACUCCAAGUGACAGCAGCAGAAACCGAGCGACAGCACAGAGUUAACACCGAGACAUUGCAAAAAUGGAGUGGACCCCGAUGGAGAUUAACCCUGAGAUGCUGAACAUGCUGAUGAACAAGCUAGGCGUGGGUGAAAGCUGGCGCUUCGUUGAUGUGGUGGGACUGGAGGGUGAGCAGCUCUCCGACGUUCCGAAGACCUGCUGUGCCUUGAUGCUGCUCUUCCCACUGACACAACAGCAUGAGGCUUUUAGACAGCAGCAGGCAGACAAAGUUGCAGGAGACUCUGAGGUUUAUUUCCUGAAGCAGACGGCACACAAUUCCUGUGGCACCAUCGCCUUGCUGCACGCUGUGGCCAACAACAAAAGCAAACCCACAUUUGAUAAUGGGUCUGUCCUGAAGAAGUUUCUAGAUGAGACCGCAAACAUGUCUGCUGAUGAACGUGCCAAACAUCUGGAGAAGAACGAGGCAAUCCGUGAGGCUCACAAUGAGGUUGCAAUGCAGGGCCAGUGUAGGCCGGAAGCCGACAGAGUCAACUUCCACUUUAUUGCCUUUGUCAACGUAAACGGACAGCUUUAUGAAUUUGAUGGAAAAAUUAAUGGACCCGUGAAGCACGGACCUACCAAAGAUGAGUCAUUCAUAACGGAUGCAGCCAAAGUGUGCCGUGGAUUCAUGGAACGAGAGCAAGGCGAGGUCCGUUUCUCUGCGGUGGCUCUUUGUCACAGUUAGAUAUUUCAGUUGGACACAACCAGAUUGUAAACCAAAAUGUCCUGGAGCAUCCACAUGGCAAACACAAUCAGCAGGCACACAUAAUGACCUGUGAACACACACAUCUGCAGACACUAUGCACUAUAAAGCACAUUGUUACCACAUACUGUACUCGUCUCAUGAACAAAUCAUUCUUUAGCAAAUGUACACAAGCCUUUUGUUCUGCUAACAUUGCUAAACACCCUGUUUAUGUGAUAAUUUGGCAGUGAAAAUUGUAAAACAUGAGGUCAGAUCUCAGCACUGCUUGUUUGCAUGUAUUUGUCUGUCUGUGUUUGUGUGUUUUUUUUUUUUUUUUUUUUUUUUUUUUUUUAGUAACCAUUGGUGCAUCUGUGUCAAACUUGAGACUAAAGCUUAAAUACCUUUUGUGCCAAUAAAGAGAGUAGGAAUGAAAAGGCAGGAAGCUUGUUUGGCAAAGAUUUUUGCCUGUUUCUCUGAAUGCCUUCAGUUGCUGUGUGGUUGAGUUUAUAAGGAUCUGACAUUCCUCAGAACAGCCCAAAUGUAUCCGUAGGAAUAAUUUAACCAUUGUUCGGAGCAUGCACACAACCUCUUGAGUGGUGUUCUUGGGUGUCUCUAAGACAUUUCUCUGAAAAGUGGCGGUUUUCUUUGGGAAGUUUUGAAUUCAAAGUGCAAAAUGAUGGUGGUGGAUUAGUCCCUCUUUUGUCUCUGUUUUCAGCAAUUGAGUGAAUUAUGUUUGCACUUUUUGAAAAUGGCUUUUCAUUUUCCACAAAACGCUCAAGUAGUCAAAUCUAAUGUGCAAGUUUAAUACAAAACACCAUAGGGACUCUCAAAAUAAAGUGCUACUCUGUGUUGAGUUGUUGUCGUGCAGGGUUAUCGUACUGAAUGUCUAGGCUGUGCACCAAUUGUUUACCUUUGCACUUUCCAAAUACGUUGUUGCUGUAGUUCUACUGAUGAUGCAGCUGUGGGAAUUCAAUAAAGCAACCAUUAAACUCA